AUGAAAUUAUUUUGGGAAAUUUUGGUAAUUUUGUACAUAGCUUUGAAUCAAAUAUCAGCACAUUCUACUCAAUCAUUAGAUAAAGAAAAUUCUCAUUUGUUAGAUCAAUACUCGUUAGCAGAUAUUUUAUCUUUGAAGGAAAUUCCAGAGGGGAAUUGGGUUAUUGAUGGAUACACACAAUUAAAAGAUGGAAGAAUCGUUUUAACACCAAAUGAAAACAGCCAUGGAUCUCUUUGGUUGAAAACAGUACCCAUUAAUGACGUUGAAUCAUUUACUUUACAAUGGACUUUCAGAAGUAUAAAUUAUAUAGGUCCUACAAAUGGUGGGAUAUCUUUUUGGAUAUUAAUGAAUCCUGGAAAUGAGAAAGUUAAGGGUGUGGAGACAGAUUCAUGGCCUAAAAGAUUUAAUGGAUUACAAAUUUUGAUUGAUAAUACUGGUCCUUAUGGUGAAUCCAUAAGAGCUUUAUUAAGCGAUAUGACAAAGUCGAUCGAUCUUGCUGUUGUAGAUCAACAUUUUUUUGCUCAAUGCCUUGUUGGGUAUCAAGAUGUAUCUGUUCCAACUACUUUAAGAUUAAGUUAUAAUAAUGAAAAUAAGUUGCUUAAAUUACAAAUUAAUAAUAAGAUUUGUUUCCAAACCCAAAAGAUAAAAUUAUGGGAUGAUAAUAAAGAUUAUAAUAAUAAUAAUAAUAAUAAUAAUAGACUUCGAAUUGGUGUUACAGCUAAUAAUUAUGGGGUUGAUGGAAGAUUUAAUAACGAAUCCUUUGAAAUUUUACAAAUGAAGUUAUACAACGGUCUUACAAGUGAAACUUUUAUACCAAAUGUGAAGCAGAUGCCUCAACCUCAAAUAUUGCAAAAGAAUAUCAAAACUAAUGAAAUUACAGUCAAGGAUCCAAUGAAAUCAUUGUAUUCAGACGUUAAUAAUUAUAGAUUAUUUAAAAAAUUAGAUCAUAUCGAGGGUAAAAUAAUUGCUAAUGAUAUCUCGGAUCUAAUUGAUAAAUUGGAUGAUAUUAUUAGAAUUCAGAAUUCAAUAAUUGAAUACUUAUUAUAUUUAAUGAAGAAAUAUUUCAAUUACAGUGAUGAAAUGUCCACUCUCGGUGAACAUAAUUAUAACAAUUUUGAAAAUUUAAUAUUAAUGGAUGACAAAUUACAACAGUUGCUAGAUGAGCAGCAAAAGAUCAGAGAGUUGACUUUAAAACACCACACAUCAAUGGGUAUAAAUUCUAAUCAUGCAGAUUAUAUUGUUACACGACUAUUGCAACUUUGGUUAAUUCCAUUAAUUGUUAUCAUGUUAAUUAUGGGGUACUAUACUUUCAAGAUUAAGCAGGAUAUUGCAAAUACUAAAUUACUAUGA